GGAAGGACCCGGAUGGGGUACAGGGCAGGAGAUGGUUGAUGUUCAGGAUGUCCUGGAGUCCAUGGUGAUGCUAGUAGUUGAUGUCACGUAACGAAGCAUCGGUUCACAUUGGGUGUUUGUGCAAGAAAAAGAAAGGCCUGCUUCCAAGAAAAAUCAAGUUUCACAGAGUAUUAGUAGAGUCAGGAAACUCAAACGUCAACAUCAGGAUCUGACCGAGUCACCCGGUUUCUCGGCUCCUGGACAUGAUCAGAUUCAAACAUGGCAUUGAACAGCGCUGUUCACAGUGAGGAGAAACGGUACCUGUGCUCUGUAUGCGGGCAGGCCUACAGCCGAUGGUCUGGACUGUGGAAACAUGAGCACAGUCACACACAGGGGAAGCCGUGGAAGUGCGAUGACUGCGGGAAAGCGUUCGGUUACCCGUCGGACCUGGAAGCUCACCGGCGCUGCCACACCGGGGAGAAGCCGUUCUCCUGCUCGACGUGCGGGAAGGCUUUCGCUGGGUCAUCCACCCUGGUGAUCCACCAGCGGCUUCACACAGGGGAGAGGCCGUUCACCUGUUCCGACUGCGGGAAGCGGUUCACUCGGUCGUACAACCUGCAGGAACACCGGCGGGUUCACACAGGGGAGAGGCCGUUCACCUGCUCUGACUGUGGCAAGGCGUUCACUUGCUCAUCCAACCUGAAGAACCACCGGCGAGCUCACACCGGGGAGAGGCCGUACUCCUGCUCCGAGUGCGGGAAGGCAUUCACUCGGUCGGUCAACCUGCAAAAACACCAGCGGACCCACACGAACAAAUAAAACUUUUCAGCGUCCCGGUGCAGAAAAUGCCACAAAGCAACAUUGCUUCGAGUCUUUUUAACACCAGACGGAUUUCAGGCAGUCGGCUGAAGUCGCUGUAAAUUAGCGAAUUCACACGGGGGAGAGACUGGUCAGUAUGUGGGGAGGAAGUUACCCAUUUGUCCAAACUGCUUGAGACACUCAUGAAUAAACCAGUAGAACAGGAUUCUGCUGCUUUUGAAAUAACAUCACGGUUUAGUCCUGUUUGUCAUCUUGUAGUCUGUUUCUGCUGAUGACAGCUUAACGUUAGGGGCUAGUAUUCUCGACUAAAUCUCAAAUAAACCAGCCUUGUUUUAAA